CAACCUGAUGACUAAAGCUGCCAGCACCGUGCGGAGUUGGGCUCUUUCAUUUUUAAAUGUGUAUGGUUAUAUUUGCUCCGAUUUUUGCCAUUUGUGCCUUUGCAACAUGUGGAGGAUACUAUGGUCAUCUCCAGGUUAAAGUGGACUGUGCAGACAGGAGGCAGAGCAACCUCAGCAUCAACAUUGAUUUUGGCUAUCCUUUCAGAUUACAGCAAGUGCAUUUCAAGGCCCCCUUGUGUGAGGGGAAGAGAGAAGAGGUUCUUUUCCUGGAUGGUGACAUCUCCUCUGCACCUCAGUUUUUUGUGACUGUGGGGGUUUUUGCUUUCCUGUACUCACUGCUCGCAACAAUUGUCUAUGUCUUCUACCAGAACAAGUACCUGAAGAACAACAGAGGCCCACUUGUGGAUUUUGUUGUUACCGUUGUCUUCUCCUUAAUGUGGCUGGUCAGCAGUUGUUGUUGGGCCAAAGCUCUUCAUGAUAUCAAGACAGCCACCAACCCAACACAGGUGCUUCUUCUCAUCUCUGCCUGCAGAGCUCAGGAGAACAAAUGUACGGCCACACAGGAGCCUUUCUGGUCUCGCCUUAAUACAUCUGCGAUUUUUGGGUUUGUUAAUGUUGUCCUCUGGGUUGGGAAUAUUUGGUUUGUCUUCAAGGAGACAGGAUGGUACAAAACUGGUCAGCGAUACCCAACUCGUAGUGCUUCCGGGAAACGUUCAAGUGAAAUGCGACAGCGGCUCUACAGCGAGAGCAGCUUCGACCAGCCAGAGGAGAGUUACGGCCCCUAUAGACAAGACAGUUUCAGUCAGUCACAGGGGGAGUUUGGGCAGCAGCUCCAGAGACAAGCUAGCAUCAACCAGUCACAAGUAAGCUUUAGCUUACCACAAACAUAUCUUGGUAAACCGGUAAUCUAUGAGAGAGAGAAUACAGUAGCUUCUCAAGGGCCAAUGAUAUUUGUAAAUGAGAUGUGAGUUGGAUGUUCACAGUGAACUGAACAUUUCUGUAACUUGCAAAUGGUUUGCCAUGAAUAGUAUUCAUGAUGUUGCUUGAUUUCUUUGAUUUGUAUAUUUCAACAUUUGUAUUUUUAGUUGUUCUCUUGAAAAGGUCGGUGUGGUCAAUAAAAAUUAUGUCCUAGCAAUUGAGGACACAGUUACAAUGAGGACAGUGCAGAGAGGCAUGCUAUUGUAUUCAUUCAUCUAAGUCCACUUUUCUAACAUUAAAUACAUCAAUCAGCCUUGGAACAUAAGGGAAUUUGAUGGCACCUGAGUAAAAACAAUGUAAAUACUAUGCUCAUUAUUCUUGUGAAACUAUUAAAUCUGUCCGCAACCAACUGUUAACACCUUGGUUACAACAUGAAAGGAAGAGGAAUCUUAAUAACAACAACAAUAAUAAUAAUAUAUUUUAUUUAUAUGGCGCCUUUCAGGUCACCCAAGGUCACCUAAAGAAUAUUUGUCUCAAAGCCUUGACGUUUAUCACUUUAUUGGAGGCAGGAUGAACUUAAAGUAGCAAUCUUUGGAGGCAGAUAUGGCAAUAAAUGAUGAAUGCAAGUGUGUUUUUGGACCUUGUUUCUCACAGACCCAAUUAGUGGUGCAUUAGUCUAUUUUAUCUAUCUAUUUUAAUCUCGUACAUAAUGUGCGUGCUACUACACAGAUAAGACAUACGCUAUCCCUCAGGUGGUUCUUCACCCGGCUCUGUUUACCUACUUCUUCUGCGACUGGCUUUCUUGGAUGUUUUUGUUCUGGUGUCACACGUCACCGCAGUGGUUGUGGAGCAUGCGAGCACGCGUUGACCAGUUAAAUGUUUGUUUUAGCGUACACAUGCCGGAAAAAAACGAUUUCCAAUUGCAUUAUCUGAGUGUCUUAAUCGGAUAAAGAGAACUCCGAAGUUUAGUUGAAGUAACGUGUUUGCAUGCACUUAAAUCGGAUUAAGGCAAUAAUUCUUUUUUUUUUUUUACAUGCAUGUAAACGUACUGACUAUGUAGGCACCAUGAAAUAUAGAGAAACAUAUUCAUGUUGUGGUGGUUUGGACCUCAGAACUAAUUUAUUUAAGUGUACCAUACAUAUAUCAAUAUAUUUAAAUACAUUAUCUUAAACCACGCUCCACUAUGGUCUUAGAAAUACACUAGCGUGCCAACACAAAGGAAAGGUGUAAUACUGGAGUUCCCGUGAUAAAUAUUUAAUGUUUGAUUGUAUAAUUGAUUGCCUUUGUCAUUAUUAAUUAAUUUCCUGAUAUUAUUAACUAUGUAGCACCCCAGUGUCUUCAUUUGAACCUUAUGAUUAAUAUUUUAAUGGGUAAUGAGUAUUGUUUCAAUGGACUUUCAUAUAUGUUAUUAUUUUAAAUCAUGUGUGUUUUCUGUGUAAAUGUAUAGGUAAUAUAAUUUUAUUAUGCUUGUGUUUGUACUUUAAUGCCUGUACACCCAUGUUUCAUACUAAGACAAUGACUCAUAAUUGUAAUGUGUAAUAUGUUGCUCAUGUAAUCCGUCUCUCUCUUGUACAGUAAUUUGAGGGUGUAUCUAAUCUGUUAAAGAUAUGUUAGAUAUGACUCCAUUUCUGCUUUAAAGUUGAGUUUUCUUGUUUUGUUAUAGCCAUUUUCCUCUGCAUAUUCUGUCUGUGAUAUGUUUUACUGACUGACUUUAAAGUGUAUGUGAAUAUCCA